AUUCUUGCAGGUGAGAGCAUCGCUGCUCAGGCUCAGGGCCAACACGGCCCCCCGGCCCCGAGGCUGGGAGCGGGAGCACGACCUGGACCGAAGAAGAAGAAGGCAUCAGGCUACUUCUGGUCAACGCCACCGCCGAGAUAUGAGUUCAAGGAACAGAAGAAUGUUCAGGUGGGAGACUUGGCCGUGGCCGAGCAAUCCGGGCACCUGCACAAAGCCUUCCAUCCUGCACAAGCUUGCUCUUUCUACCGACUUCCUGGUAUGGUGCGUGGGGAGAUCGCAGAAGCAAUCCUCGAGCACUGCAAGAAGCAGACGUCGUGGUUUUCUGCCGCACCCGAUUCCGUGGACAAGACUCCAAGCUUCGAGUACUACCCGUUCCGUGACGGAGCUUGGGCGGAUGAUGGCAUGAGGAGGCUGCUCGAAGAAACCAUCGAGUUGCAGCUCCUUCCCUACGUUCGGCAGCGCUAUGGUUGUCGUUUCUGUGCCGUGUCUGACAUCCUGGUUAGACGCUACCUACCCGGGGAGCGCCGCACACAUGCCGUCCACUUUGAUGGCCACGCCUUUGUGACAGCGGUGCUGGGCCUCUCGAAUCCGGAUGGCUAUCAGGGCGGCCUCUACAUCCAGCCCGAUGCUGAUGUGUCUUCGCGCAUGUAUUUUCGCUUGGAGCCGGGAGACUUGUUGGUCCACUCCUUCGACCUACAGCAUGGUGUUCAUGUUUGGAAGGGUUCACGCUACAGCCUCGUCUUCUGGAUCAAGGAUUCCCUGCAGGCCGUUUGGGACCGGACGACUCCAUGGUAUGAUUCGCUUGCCGCUGAAGGUGACCCGGAUGCUUUGUACAACCUGGCUCAGAACUAUGAGCAUGGCCUCUUCGGUCGCAAGGUUGAUGCCAACAAGGCCAAAGAGCUGUACGAGCGUAGUGCAGCUGCCGGGCAUCAUUUUGCGCAGAACAACCUCGGGCUCUUGUAUCGACGCCUCCACGAAGGUGGUGCUGGUACCGACGCGUUGCAGAGGUCUGUCCACUGGCUCAAAGCAGCCUCGGAAGUGGGCUUUGCAAUGGCCCAGAAGAACCUCGCCUUGGCUUACACCAACGGGCAAGGCGUGCAUCGAGAUGAUGCGCAGGCAGUAGUCUGGAUGCGGCGAGCCGCCGAGCAGCUCGAGGUCGAAGCCGCAUUCAUGAUGGGUGAGAUGUACCGCCAGGGCAGGGGUGUGCGCACCGAUUUCUCAGAGGCUGCGAUCUGGUACCAGCGAAGUGCUGAAGCUGGGUUCCCCAAGGCUCAGUACACUCUUGGCAUGCUCUUCCUUGAUGGAACCGGUCUGCAGCAAGAUUUGCGGCAAGCCGAGAUGUGGCUGAAGUUUGCGGCUCGGCAGGGCCACGCGGAGGCCAAGAAUAACGUCGCGACGAUCCACGCCCAGCGGGGCGAGGUCGAGGAAGCGUCGCAGAUCUGGGAAGAGCUUGCCCGAAGUGGAGAGCCAAAUGCCCAGUGCAAUCUGGGCAUGGCAUUCCUGCGUGGAGCUGGGCGUGAGCAAAAUGUCGAGGAAGCGAGUCGAUGGUUGAGCUUGGCAGCUGCUCAGGGACACCAAAUGGCCGCCCAAGCUUUGGCUUCUGCGUGGUCCUUGGGCGACUGCGCUCACCUGCGCUGCUUCCUUGCACCAGAAAGCCAAAGCCAGAACCCGGACUCCGUGCUUCUGACUUGCCAAGGCGCGCUGAGUUCGCUCCAGUCUGCAGGACGCUUGCACGCAGGUACAGGAAUUUGCCCUUGA